AUUCCCAUCGUUUUUAAAACAUUGUGUGCAAUUUGUAUUGAUUUAUAUAGUAAAAAAUACUGUUGGUAUUUAAUGAGAACGGCGCAUUUAAUACAUCUGUCAUUGUAAUUUACAAAAUGUCCACUAUAGGUUCUAAAUUGCACGACGAUAAUAUUCCAUUGGCUGAUGAUGAUCCUCAAGCUAUAAUUGCUGAUGAUGCUGAUGAUUCGGGUCUAGGCCAUGGUAGGUCGAUGGAUUCUCUUCCUAGUUCAUUUACAGGGAGCUCUAGUCCUGGACCCCCACACUCCUUAGAACCAGAUUGUAGUGUUGAUGAACAAGAAGAGAGGGCUAGAUUGAUAUCACAAGUGUUAGAACUGCAGAAUACUUUGGAUGAUCUUUCUCAACGAGUUGAUUGUGUUAAAGAAGAAAAUCUUAAAUUACGUUCUGAAAAUCAAGUCCUGGGGCAAUAUAUUGAAAAUUUAAUGUCUGCUUCAUCUGUCUUUCAAACAACAAGCCCAAAUGCAAAAAAGAAAUGAGUGAUUAAUAAAAUAUGAAUACUGAAUGUAUUCGAUAAUAAACUCUAAAGUUUUAAUUUGCAGUACAAUUUAACUUUAAAUAUUUAUUGCUUUAUUUACUUUAAUGCAAUGCUUUGAACAAGAACCUAGCAAGCACUUCCUAUAUUUUUGACGGUUUACGAAUUCAUCAAAUAAAGCAUUUAUUCGUACUGCUAAUUAAAAACGGAAUUUCAAAAUGCAAAAGGUGGUGAGAAAUUUGUAAGAUUUUAAUUGUAAGGCUUAUUUCAACAAAAUUUAUGUAAAAAUAUUUAUUAUAUUUAUUACAUAUUUUGCAUAUAUAUUUUUGAAACAUGUUAAGGAUCACUGAUUAGUAUAGAUUGAGUUAAAAAGAUAUUUAUUUUAUCUAUUAAGUAAACUUAAAAUGUUUCAAUAUUUUUUGCACUUGUACUUCAAGUUUCUAACUACAUAGAAAAGUAAAGAGUACAUUACU